ACAUUAAUACAUAUUAUAAGCUACUUGCACAAUAUAUAUUUGCUUAAACAUGUUUCAGAGGUGUAGAAUUCUUAGCUUUAAUGUUCUAAGAUUGCAAAAAUCAAGUUUCCAAACAACAUGUCAAGGUACAUUGUCGAAAACUGAAAUAAAAGAACAGAAAAACUUAUUAUUUGAUAAAGAAAAGAAGAGACAACAAUCAGCUGUAGGAAGAAUAGAAAAAAUAGAAGUCACCUAUGUGUCUCCAGUAGAAGAGAUUACUCUUGUAAUGAACAAAUGUUUAUCAACGCCCGCAGACUGUGCAAAACAUAUUUCAGAAGGUGUUGUCAAAGUAUCUGCCCUUGCGUUAGUUGAUGGGUCACCAUGGGACAUGCAUAAACCUUUGACAUCUAAUUGUAAAUUAGAAUUAUUGAGUUUACUCAGCCCUAAAGUGAACGCUGUAAAUGUAGCAUUUUGGCGAACUUGUUCAUUCCUGUUGGGUGCUGUUAUAGAUUCUUCGUUUAAAGACGAGGUGAAGGUUCAUUUGCACAGUUUCCCAAUACCAAUUAUAAAAGCAGGAAGCUUUGUGUACGAUGUAUAUAUAGAGUUGCCAGAUUGGAGACCUAUCAAAGAAGAAAUGCAGGCUUUGUCUGCUCAAUUUAUAAAAUUCGUAAAUCAAGAACUACCCUUGGAAAGACUUGAAACCACUGAAGAUGUUGCCAUGGAAAUAUUUCAAGAUAAUCCAAUUAAAUUUGAACAAAUACCAAAUAUAGUAAGAGCCAACGAUGGAAAGAUUGUAUUGUACAGAGUUGGAGAUCACAUAGAUAUCAGUAAAGGUCCGAUGGUAGGGAAUUCGAAUUUGAUAGGACGCUGUACGAUCACCGCUGUUCACAAGAUAUCAGAAACGGACAACGUCUACAGAUUCCAAGGAAUAGCGUUACCCAAAGGAAUUCUUCUGAAUCAUUAUGCGUUUGGUAUUUUAGAAAAGCGAGCUAGGAAAUUGAACCAGACAACUUGGAUACACCAAUCGAUGGAAGAUAAAAUGGAAUCGCCUUUGAAAAUGGUCUCUUCGAAUUAAUUUUGAUAUCUCAAUAGUACAGUAUAAAUAAACCUUUACGAUCAGAA